GGUGCUCUAAUUUGUAUUCAUCCUCUUUUCUCUCUCUUUAAAUAUCCCCCCCUCUUUCUUGCACGACCCACUAUUUUGUAAAUUCACCAUUACCAAAGCUUUGAUUCAAUCUCAAGAUUCAUUUCACUGAAAAACAACAUUAACCCCAGAAACUUUUGAAACUUGUCUUCUCUCUUCUUUCAAGAACUCCUCUGAACUCGGAUCUCAACCCACAAGUCAAAAUCAAAACUAGAUCGAACAUUCUCCACAACCCAGAAACUAAUUCGGGUUAAAAAUCGACCCAGAAAGCGAUUUUAUUGGAUGGGUUCGGCGCUUGCGAAGGAAUCUGUAAAUGGGUCAAGCCCACAACAGAAGAAAACGGGUUUAGGAGAUUUACCCGAGAGUUGUGUGGCAUCGGUGUUAAUGAAUUUGGACCCUAAAGAUAUUUGUAACUUUGCCAAAUUAAAUAAAGCUUUUCAUGGAGCUUCUUCUGCUGAUUUUGUUUGGGAAUCAAAAUUACCCUCUAAUUAUCAGCAAAUUAUUCAGAAAAUGGUUGAUGAAGAUGAUAAAAAUAUCAAUAAUCCGGUUUAUUCGUGUAAAAAGGAUAUUUAUGCCAGUUUAUCUCGGUUUAAUUCCAUUGAUGAUGGUACAAAGGUAUGGCUGGAUAAGACCACAGGAGGGAUUUGUAUGGCAAUUUCUGCCAAGGGUUUGUCAAUAACAGGGAUUGAUGAUCGAAGAUAUUGGAACCACAUACCUACUGAUGAAUCUAGAUUCUCCACAGUGGCUUAUCUUCAACAGAUCUGGUGGUUUGAGAUCAAUGGUGAAGUGGAUUUCCCAUUCCCUGAAGGAACAUACAGUGUAUUCUUCAGGGUGCAAUUGGGUCGGACUAUGAAAAAGUUUGGGCGCCGACUUUGCAACACUGAGCAGAUUCAUGGAUGGAACAUGAAGCCUGUCCACUUUCAGCUCUCGACUUCAGAAGGACAACGCACCGUCUCCCAAUGCUUCCUCGAAGGACCGGGGCAGUGGCUUCACUACCAUGUCGGAGACUUUGUGGUGAAAAAUUCAGAAGGGCCAACCCAAUUGAAGUUCUCGAUGAUGCAGAUAGAUUGUACCCACACCAAAGGUGGUCUUUGUGUAGACUCUGUAGUGAUAUACCCUAGCUGUUUCAAGGAGAGGCUGAAGCGUUUUUGACGGCCUUAGUUCUCUAUUUAGCUUUAGGAAGCUCUAUUAGAUAAGAUGUAGAUAGAUAGUGUAAUAGAUAGAGAGAGAGAAGCAGAGUGGAUGAGUUUUUUUGGUCUUGAGGCUCUGUUAUGUGUGUCGGGUCGACGGCGGUAGCCAGUAGGUUGUAUAUUUUUGUGGUGGAAAUGGACAAUUGCAGUCAUUUGCACCUCUUUUAUCAUCUAUUGUGUCACUCUGCACUUGAGUUUGUGCAGCAGCUUUGUUGAUCUAAUGAUCUUAAGAGGAUUUAUGAAUGUUUUGAACAUUUUUUUAUUGAAUGGAUGAUGAGAUAUGUUACUACA